AUGUCCGGUGGUAAGAACAAGCGCUCGAAGCGUCAUGAGGGUUGGGAGGAAGCGGGGGGUGAGUUCUACCAGGAACUCUAUCCGGGGGGUGAACAGGAUCUCUUCGAGAACCUUCAGAGAGCCGAUGCUGCGAAACUUGCCACGUUGCUACCUUCGAAACAGGCUAGAAAUACGACCACGGCAAAACGUGUGCGGUCACAGAAUGAACGCCGUCAGUCCACAUACGCUCGCACAACACAGAGUAGGGACAUACACCUGUCCAUGUUGCCGGAUUUGUCUGAAAACUUAUCCAAUGAAGAGCGCACGUGGGAGGAGAUUAUGCAAAUUAAAGCCAUGCCGGUGCCGAUGCACCAGAAGCUGGAGAUUAAAGCGAGAUUACAGAAUGCUACGAAGCUACGAUUGCAAGGUUUAGAACAACUUCAAUGGCGACAAAGAAAAGUGUGGCAUCGUUUUAGUAUACGUUUCACCGAAAUUGUGGGAAAGCUAGAACUUUGGCAGACAUCUUUACGAGAAAUUGAAGGGAAAUUUGGUACAGGAGUUGUAUCAUACUUUCUAUUUCUAAGAUGGCUGUUAUUUCUCAACUUGAUCAUAUCGAUUUUAGUCAUAUUUUUUCUCAUCCUACCCACACUUUUGUUAGACGAAGUUACGUACAAGUGUGAUACGUUUCUAGAAAAUUCGACAACUUGCUGUUCUCAAGCGUAUUUCCAAAGGAAUUUUACGCGUAAUAAUGUAAUUUUGGAAUUCAUUCAAGGCACUGGUUGGAUGGAAAGGACGAUUCUUUUCUAUGGUUUAUACAGUGAUCAAAUAUAUUCAUAUUUUGUACCUAAAUUAUGGGCAGCGAACAUGUAUUAUAAUAUGCCGCUCGCGUACAUACUUAUACCGAUAACGUGGACGUUUUUCUCGCUAGUCGCUAUAGUUAAAUCUGCAGCGAGAGGCUUCAAAGAGCGUUUAGUAGAAAACGAGGGACAGUUCUACAUGUACUGCAACCUCGUGUUUGGGGGGUGGGAUUUUUGUAUUCAAAACGAUAAAUCAGCUAAAAUAAAACACAAAGCGUUAUUUAACGAAAUCAAAGGCUGUUUGGAGGAAGAGAGGUAUAAAGAAGAGAAACAGUUACGUACAAGGGAAAGCCAAAUUUUGAUAUAUUUGAAACGUUUCUUGAUAAAUAUACUCGUUUUCAUCAUCCUCGUCGGUUCCGGGAUAUUGAUUUACGUUAUAUUCAAUGAGUCUAUGGAUAAAUUGAAUGAAAUAACGGGAAACGAAUACAGUAAUCGUACGGAAGUGGAUGUUACCGAUUCGUACUCGAUAUGGCAGUUCCGGAACACGUUAUUGGAGUUCUUACCCUUCAUAACGAUCGUGGUGUUAAAUAUUAUAAUACCGGAAAUUUUUAGUUAUUUGAUCAAAUUCGAGACGUACACGCCAGCUAAUACAAUAAUAAUUUCGUUAUUACGAACUGUUUUGCUUAGACUUUCGUCUCUAGCGGUUCUUUUAAGCCAGAUUUACAUACAGAUCUCAGAUCCGGACAGACAAAGAUGUUCGGUUUUUGAAGAAGAGUUCAGACUUGAAUGUUGGGAAACGUACGUGGGGCAACAGUUGUAUAAGUUAAUUUUAACGGACUUCGCGUUACAAUUUGUUAUGACUUUCGUCAUAAAUCUGCCCCGAGCGUUCAUCGCGAGACACAGUAACAGCAAAUGUCUGAAAGUAAUCGGCACCCAAUACUUCUACCUUCCAAAAAACGUUUUAGAUAUAGUCUAUACCCAAACUAUCAUUUGGAUGGGUGCCUUCUUUUGCCCGUUCCUACCAAUAAUCGGAACCAUUUUUUGCUUUUUAAUAUUUUACAUUAAAAAAUUCUCGUGUCUAACCAAUUCUACACCAUCUCCAAUAGUUUAUAAAGCGUCCAAGUCUAAAUCUUUGUUCAUGUCGGUACUGUUACUAGGUUUCGUCAUAUCGAUAGUUCCGGUUGCGUAUUCUGUAGCGGAAAUAGCUCCAUCUUGGAAUUGUGGGCCCUUUAGGGGCUAUGAGACUGUGUGGCAGUUUGUAGUUGAUACGUUUGAUGCGUUCCCUUAUCUAGUCCGAGAGCUAACAUUUUUUAUCGGCACGUCAACGUUUGCAGUCCCGGCUUUUGCUAUAUUAUUAUUUUUUUUAUAUUACUACUGGGCAGUGGCCGUAGCCAAUCGGCAUAUGGUAGAGGUUUUGAAAAACCAGCUAGUUUUAGAAGGGCAUGAUAAGCAAUUCUUGCUAAAUAGACUCAGUGCGUUUAUAAGGCAACAUCAAAAACGAUGUGAGAGGAGAAAUAGAGCUAGCUUCGCAGAUGACGAUUCAUCAGUGCAACAAAGUUCGAGG